AUGGAUUUUAACGUGAAGCGGUUAGCUGCGGACGCGGGGACUUUUCUAAGCCGUGCCGUGCAAUUCACAGAGGAAAAGCUUGGGCAGGCUGAGAAGACUGAGUUGGAUGCUCAUUUGGAAAACCUUUUGAUCCGUGCAGAAAACACAAAGCAAUGGACAGAAAGGAUCAUGAAACAAACAGAAGUGCUAUUACAGCCUAAUCCCAAUCUCCGUCUAGAAGAAUUUGUGUACGAGAAGCUUGAGAAAAAGGCCCCCACGCGGAUGAACAACCACGAGCUUUUGGGCCAGUCCAUGAUCGAGGCGGGAAAUGAGUUUGGUCCGGGUACAGCGUACGGAAAUGCGCUGUUAAAAUGUGGAGAGACAGAAAAGCAAAUCGGAGGAGCUGAGCGGGAAUUAAUUCAUAGUUCUGCAAUCAAUUUCCUCACACCGUUCAGGAACUUUCUGGAAGGCGACUUCAAAACAAUCCUAAAAGAGAGAAAGUUGCUCCAAGUUAAGCGACUGGAUUUGGACGCGGCUAAAACAAGGCUAAAGAAGGCACGGAUGACAGAUGCCCGAGCCGCAGCUGAACAGGAGCUGAGGAUGACGCAGAGCGAGUUUGACAGACAGGCUGAGAUCACCAGACUGUUGCUGGAAGGUGUCAGCAGCACUCAUGCACAUCACCUGCGCUGCCUGAACGACUUUGUGGAGGCUCAGACCACAUACUACGCCCAAUGUUACCAGUACACAGUGGACCUUCAGAAACAGCUUGGCAGUUUCCCCUCCUCUUUCUCCAACAACAACCAGUCAUCCAUGACAGCUGGGGCCAGCAGUAUUUCAGUGCCCACGAUCCCGGUGUCUGCAUCUCUGCCGGACCCCAGGAACUGUGCGGCGGCAGGAGGAUUCCACGAGUUGCGUGGCUCCAGCGGCAGCAGGAAAGCACGAGUCUUGUAUGACUACGAUGCGGCCAGCAGCAGCGAGCUGUCUCUGCUCGCAGAUGAGGUGAUCACUGUGAGCAGUGUCCCGGACAUGGACACCGACUGGCUGAUGGGGGAGAGAGGCAGUCAGAAAGGAAAAGUCCCCAUCACAUACCUGGAGCUCCUCAACUAA